CAUCUACGUCAGUUUAUUUCAUGUUUUCUUUGUAAACUCAUUAGACUUUAUGUUUGGAUGGAGCAUUUUUCAAACUCAAUUUGUAUCGAAAGUUCUCAAAUAAAAUUUUAUUUUCUGUCAGUUUUAUCUUUUACGAUAUUAUUUUUUGUUUUGCUGUCGAUUUAACAUGGAUUGUAAAUGUACUUAUAAUCGUGAUUAUAUUCCGACUCUUCAACAACGUCCGGAUGUAUUAAGAAAGAAGAGUAUGGUGCAGCUUAAAAUUCUCAUGGGGCCUGAUUGAAUUGCAAGCCAAAGAUCACGAGAUUGUCUUUAAUCUAGCUUUCAAAUCUCAGUGCUUGCCAUCGUCAUGGCGGUGUGAUCAGACUUGAAGAAGGGCAUGGCAGAGCAUAAGAAUAUUUUCCCACAAGCCACCAAAAAUUGCAGCACAAACCCAGCCAAAUUAUUCCAUAUUCUUCUGAUGAAAAUGCCAGUCAAUUCCCAUGGUGGGGUUCAUCCUAUUGUCUGGUUUCUUCAAGAGGAAGAACAAUGCGCUUUCCUUUGUCAAGAAGGCCGUCAGGUUUCUAGAGGUGGCCAAAAGGUGUCUUGAACACGGAUGGUCCACCAGAAACUUCGAGUACUAGAAAAACUCAUUCCCAUCAAUGGUAAAAUUGGACUCAAAAGAGCAGCACUUGAUGUUUUGUCUCCGACAUUUCUACACCAAACAUGGCCAUGGAACUAUUAGAUCACUGGAAUGAUGAAUAUGAAGGGAUCAUCAUUAAUUCAGAGAGCCUACCCUCCAAGCAUCUCUCUUCCAAUCGAGACUCGAGUGGAGAAAAGGGAUGUGGCUCAAAAUUAGAUACAGAGCAGGCUGCACUAGUUUCUGUGGCUAUUAAUGAAGGGUUCAACUAUCAUCAUGCUGAAGCAGGAUAUGUCAUGCUCACUUACUGGAUUCCUGAUUUGCCCUCCAUGCUUCCUUCUGGCCCCUCCCAUCAUAUUGGUGUUGCAGCAUUACCAUCAAUGACAACAAGGAGGUGCUUGUAGUGAAAGAGAUAUUCUUGUAGUUGCACCGACCUGCUAGUUGAAACAUAUUCAAAAUUACUUCGGUUAUAUCAUAUUCAAAAUCACUAUAUUAUAAUAUCAUUUUCUGAGAAUUGCUUGUUUGACGUGGUGCCCAACUAUUAUGCAUAUGACCUCUUUGUUGUGAGUCAAGCAAUUCGAUGCAACUCAAAGCAUACUGUGAGUGCAUUUUCUCUUCUUUAUCACUAUCUUUCCGCUUUAAUCAGGCUCUAAAUUUUCAGAUGGAUUCAAUGUUCUUGCUUCGGGAAUUGCGUUCAGGUAUGGGUUCCCUCAUUUAUUGCCAAAUUAUAUUCUGUUAUUAGAAGAAUAUCAAAUUAUCAGACUAUCAAUCAGUAAUUGCAAAAGAAGGAAAUUUCAAUUGCUUUAUUAUGUCUGCUGGGGCUUGUGAGUGUAUCCUUGCAUUUUUGUCCAUUAGUUUUAGUUUUAGCCCUUCUAACGUACAUUAUACUUCAUUCUUACUCCUGGUUGUGGAAAAAAUUCUUGUUUCAAGUAAUUCAAAAUGUAAUCUAUCAUACAUAAAUCAUAUCUAGAUUAUCACUUGGAUGAUAAGAAAUAAAGUGUAUGCGUAGGAAUAUUUUAAAAGAAAAUAGAUUUAUUUAUUCCUUUUAUAGGCAAUCUAACUUUUUUUCAUGUUCUUUUUACUUUGGGAUGAUAACUGAUGUAAUGCCUAGUUUUGGGAUAAGUGAAUAAACCAAGAUCGCAUCCAAAUGAAAGAGAUCCUAAAAAUAUGAAGGUUAGUUAACAAAGGCUUAAACGAAUUGAUAGCUAUCUCUAAGUCCUCUACCAACAAGGUGUGUGUUCUUUAUUUGUGGCUCAAUCUUAAGAAGUUGAAAGUAAACCUUGUUUAGUUUGGAGUAAUUAUAUGUUAAUUGACCUCCUAGAAAGCAUGUGAGAGGAAGAAGCAAGUCGAGAGGAUUCGAGACAAACAAGGAUGAGAAUGUCGGGAGCAACCAAGUGCUAAAUUCGGAUUCCAACAGGGUGUUACAAUUAUGUCUAUAUUUACCGAGUAAUAUUCAAACAGGCAAUAGAUUUAGGUAUUAAAACUAUAUUAAUCCAAUCAAAUUAAGCAUAGUUUAACUACACAAGAAAAGUAUUGGUAAAAUUAAUUUGAAUGAUGAAGACAAAACAAGAUAAAGAAACUGAAGGGGAUGAUGAUUAUUGAGGUUUUUGUAAAACCAAUGGAUGAUGGCCUUUGAUGAGCUUAGUAUGAAGCCACGAGUUUUAGGAAGAAGACUAGAUCUUCAUAGCCGCCCAUGAGGGCCACUACACUGGAUUCCUGGCCCAUUAUCUCCUUUCCAAAUUGGACCUAAGAAUUUCUUAUUAGCUUAAAUUAUCAAACUCUUCCAUUUUUGUAUCUAUUUCUUGUCUAAUCAGUUUUUGAUUUAUUCUGAAAGUUUUUUGGAAAGUUGCAAAUAUGGAAAUUGAUUCUAAAUGUAGUCUUCUUCUUUUUUUUUACUAAACCUCAUGCAUGGUCUUCGAUUUUAUUCCUCUAAUUUUUUUAAAGAAAUUAUUGGUUUGAAUUUUUCCCAAAUUGUCAGACAGUUGAGUCCUUCCUCUUCCUUGAACGAUAGCAUUUAGUUCUAAUAGUAAAAUCUAUUGGUAAACUUUGAGAAUAUGAACUAUUACUAAUAAGUUUUGAGAAUUGAAUUUUGACUUUUUAUCUAUUACUUCUACUUUUACGCCAAUUACUUUUAAAAGUUUUGAGUGUAUGAUUAGGAUUUAUUUCACAUAAUUUAAUUUCACUUCAAUAGUUAUUAUUGAGAAUAAAUAAUUUAAUCCUAGACUUCCACAAAAUGCAAGUCCCCCAUAAAGCCAAGAAAAAAAAAACAAAUUAUUAUUGAGAAACACAUCAUAUUUUAAUGCAUAUGUACAUGUUGAUAUAUGUAUAUAUAUUGGCAUUUGUAAUACAAAACUUAGAUAAAAGAAUAAAAUCCAAAGGAAGUGGGUGUCCACUGUCCAACUUAAAGAAGGCAACUUCCUCGAACUCCACAUGUUUUUCGUCGCUUACCUAUAAUAUUUUGACACGUGAACUCUAACGCCAGGUGAGCAUUUACACUUUUUGGCUGACACGGUUCUUUCACCGACUGACGUGGCUGGUUGGACUUGCGGCUACACCAAUCUUUACUCUGUAUAUAUAUUUACACUAAACUUCUACAUUUCAAUUAUAUUUUUCUAGGAGUAGAAAGUAAUUUUCUUUUGAAAAAGUAUUUUUCUAAAGUACUAACAUGGGGUGGGCGAUUUGAACCUAGGAUCUCUUGUUCUCGGGAACAUACAAAUAUCAGUUAAGUUAAACUCACGUUAGUUUUUUUUUA